GGGCGGGGGCGGAGAUGAGGGCGGCGCAGCCGCAGCGCCGGUGGAGGGGCGCGCGGCCGCGAGCAAAGGAGGGAGGGAAGGAAGCAAGAGAGGGAGGCGGGCAAGCAGGCGGGCGCGGGGGUCGGGGACUGAGGCAGUAGAGGGAGGCGAGAGCCCGGCAGCCGCUUUGCGCUGUUUGCUGCGCGGGCUUUCGGAGGGGGCGGCCCAACGAGUCGGCUGAGGAGAAGCGGACACCGGCGGCGUUGGUGAUACCGCCUGGGGGAGGGGGACUGGAGAGGCGAGAAGGGGGGUCGCUGCGGUGGUUCUCUCGCUGUCGCGCUCUCUUUGCCUCGCUCCCGGCUCGGCGGGCUCCUCCCGGCGUCUCUCUCGCCUCCGGGGCCCCGCUCCCCGCCCCCCGCGGUAUGUCUUGAUCCCGAGCAGCGGGUUUCAUGGGGCUCCUCAGGAUUAUGAUGCCGCCCAAGUUGCAGCUGCUGGCGGUGGUGGCCUUCGCGGUGGCGAUGCUCUUUUUGGAAAACCAGAUCCAGAAACUGGAGGAGUCCCGCUCGAAGCUAGAAAGGGCUAUUGCAAGACAUGAAGUCCGAGAAAUUGAGCAGCGACAUACAAUGGAUGGCCCUCGGCAAGAUGCCACUUUAGAUGAGGAAGAGGACAUGGUGAUCAUUUAUAACAGAGUUCCCAAAACGGCAAGCACUUCAUUUACCAAUAUCGCCUAUGACCUGUGUGCAAAGAAUAAAUACCAUGUUCUUCAUAUCAACACUACCAAAAAUAAUCCAGUGAUGUCGUUGCAAGAUCAGAUGCGCUUUGUAAAGAAUAUAACUUCCUGGAAAGAGAUGAAACCAGGAUUUUAUCAUGGACACGUUUCUUACUUGGAUUUUACAAAAUUUGGUGUGAAGAAGAAACCAAUUUACAUUAAUGUCAUAAGGGAUCCUAUUGAGAGGCUAGUUUCUUAUUAUUACUUUCUGAGAUUUGGAGAUGAUUAUAGACCAGGGUUACGGAGACGAAAACAAGGAGACAAAAAGACCUUUGAUGAAUGUGUAGCAGAAGGUGGCUCAGACUGUGCUCCAGAGAAGCUCUGGCUUCAAAUCCCAUUCUUCUGUGGCCAUAGCUCCGAAUGCUGGAAUGUGGGAAGCAGGUGGGCUAUGGAUCAAGCCAAGUAUAACCUAAUUAAUGAAUAUUUUCUUGUGGGAGUUACUGAAGAACUUGAAGAUUUUAUCAUGUUAUUGGAGGCAGCAUUGCCCCGGUUUUUCAGGGGUGCUACUGAACUCUAUCGCACAGGAAAGAAAUCUCAUCUUAGGAAAACCACAGAGAAGAAACUCCCCACUAAACAAACCAUUGCAAAACUACAGCAAUCUGAUAUUUGGAAAAUGGAGAAUGAGUUCUAUGAAUUUGCACUAGAGCAGUUCCAAUUCAUCAGAGCCCAUGCCGUUCGAGAAAAAGAUGGAGACCUCUACAUCCUCGCACAAAACUUUUUCUAUGAAAAGAUUUACCCUAAGUCGAACUGAGUAUAAGUUGUGACUAUUGGAUUCUUGAACUAAAAUUUUGACCCUGUCUUCACCUUUGUUCUCAGCUCCACAGUCUGGAUUGCUGACAGUAGGUGUAUAUUACAAUUUGUAUCAAGCCAAAUUAGGAAACAGACAGUAACAUCAAGGAAGUAGAUACUGGCUGGCAUGUCAGUGUUCUAAGUUUCAGAUAUUUUUAUUUUUCCUGGCUAAACGUUGGUGAAAGUUAUAACCUCCUGCCUGGGAGAAAAUAUACAUCACCUAAAAUGAACUUAUGGCAGGUCUAAUCAAAAGGCUAAAUACAAUUUCAGAAAAGGUUCUGAUACUCUUGUUUUUGAUAAAGCAUUUUUUCAACUAACCAUGAAUGAAGAUGAGUCCAUUUGCCUCUUCUGCCUUCACUGAGGGUUUGGGUUAUACACCUCUACUGAAUUGUGUUAAUAACUGUUUGGCAGUGUGUACUUUGUUUUUGUGAGUCAUGUCUCAUGAAAUUUAUUGGAAUGUUUAAUCAUAUUUGCUAAGAAAUGUUUCUGCUGUAGUUGGAUUUGCCCAUAUUUAUGUAGGUGGUUUUAAUUUUUUAAAUGGUGAUUAGUGUUAAAAAUCAAUUUAAAUCAUGACUAAUAUGGUAAAAAGAUAAAGCAUCAAAGCAGUAUUUCUCAUUCCUGCCUCCUCAAUAUCUAAUAUUGGGAAGAUACUUCAAAGAAUAUUGAGAUUGUCUGAAGUUUUAGUUAAGAUUUUCACACAUUAAUAUCAAAAAAGUAAGUUUAAUAUUUGUUUCUCCAUGGGUUAUUUGUAAAGCUGUAAACUGAGAUAUCAGUGACACCGUAUUAUGACUCCAUUAGUGAGCUGUGGUAUGGGUAGGAUUUUCCUACUUCUUCUGUACUUUUACCUGUAGACUAUUUUUACUAAGGUGCUUUAUAAUGUGUUUUAAAGCAUUGCAUUUACAAAAAAAGGAAAAUGCUGUAAAUAUUGCAUAUUUUAUGUAUUUGGACCAAAAGGUUACAAGUAAUUAGACAAAAGUGGUUUUGCACCAAUUUUAUGUCAAGUAAAACCAUCAGACCUACUGUUCUUGUAUUUCUCAUUUACCUUUACUGUUAAGACAUCACUGAAAUGAACUUCAAUAAGCUUUCAAUUUUGAUACACAGUUCAUUAUUCAUAACUUGAGGCGGUAAUUACAGUGGAAUGAGUACUGGACAAGGAGUCAAAAAACUUGAUUUCAGGUCCUAGCUCUACCAUUUACCAGCUGUGUGAUCUUGGGCAAGUCACUUAACCUCUCUUUGCCUCAAUUUCCUCAUCUUGAAAUGAGGAUAAUAAUACCUGCUGUACCUACCUCACAGGGCUGUUGUGAGGAUUAAAUGAGAUGGCAUGUGAAAGCACUUUGAAAAUUGUAAAGCGCUAUAUAAAUGUAAGGUAUUAUAGAAACAUCUUUAACAUAUAGUUUCAUACCAUUCAUUUUUUAACAAAGAAAGGGAAAAGUCUGCUUGUAAGCUCGUUGAAAAAGUUAAUCUUGAUAUAAAUUUGUGUUUGAUAAAUAUCCUCUCAGUGUUUUAUCUUCCAUGUUUCAACAACUAUUGAAAUAUGAAACGCCUGUGAACUCUUAAAGCUUCAUGAGCAGCUGCUUGAGUUCAGGAAGUUUCCUGUUAGAAAUAGACUUUGUUAGUUGACUAGGGUCAGGGAAACUUUGCUCUUCAAAUUUGAAAACUGUUUCUGUUUUUAUUUUACAUUACUAUUCAGAAAUGGUAGCUAUUUUAUACCUAUGGUUUAAGUAAAUAUUUCUGAAUAAGGCUUCACCAGACUGUAAGCAUUUUAGGUAGAUUGCCUUAAAGGUUAUGGGAGGGCAUGAGAGAACACUUCUUAUGAGAAAACAUUUAUAAACAAACUAAAGAAAAACUAAAAGAAUGACAGAACAAUCAUCUUAGCACCCUUUCCUCACAAUAAUAUAAAAAUAUUAAAAGAACAUAGGCAGGCUUGUUUUAAAUUUGGCUUUUUUCUUUCCUUUUUUCAAAUUGACUUUUAUAGGUAUUUCCUGAAGGUGUAUACAAAUUAUUUCCUCGCCCAAAAGUAAAGCACCACUUCAAGGUGGGGUUUGACAUUACCUGCUAAUGAACAAACCCCAGUAUGCAAGUUAUUCUUGCACCACAUGCUCAAAUCUUCUUGAGGUGCAUUAACUCUUUUAGGUAACUAGAGCAGUACUUGGUGAACUAGAUCAGGAGGUCAGUAAACUUUCUGUGGAAGGGCCAGAGAGUAAAUAUUUUAGGCUUUGCAGCCCAUACGGUCUCUGUCACAGCUAGUCAACCCUGCCAUUGUACCACAAAAGCAGCAAUAGACAUUAUGUAAACAAAUGAGCACAGUUAUGUUCCAAUAAAACUUUAUUUACAAAAACAGAUGACAUCCCAGAUGCAGACCAUGGGCUACCAACUAUUGCACUGGCUAAAUCAUUAUUUAUGGAGAAAUCAUCUUUGUGUCUGUACUCUAGAUGCCUAAAAGAGUUUAUUUACUUCUAAAAGCUCCUAACUUAUAUCCAAAGAAUUGCUUUCUGAUUCGUGUAGUCUCUCCCACAGAUUCAUAAACUUUUAUGACUUAUAUUGUUUCCAGGUGGGCAUGUUUUCUUUCCCAGUUUAACAGUUCAGAAUAGGGGCAUUUGUUUUUAUCAUAUUUUAGGGUGGGUUAGGAGUAUCCUUUCUGGAGACUGAGAAAGGGGUGUAUUUAAUUCCAUCAGGUCCAGUACAGUACUAGGAGUCAUAAUACUUUAUAAUCAAUGAAAUAAAUAGAACCACUGAGACAAUAAUGUAUUUUUUUAAAGUGGCAAAUGUGGUUUUCUUUUUUCAGCCUUUGUGCUUUUUCAGUAUUUUGACCAUAGGGAGAUAAUUUUUUUAUAAUACAAAAGUAAAUUAACGACUUGGAAUUUUAAAGAUAAUGUUAUGUGUGUAUGUGAAAUAUAUAUACAUAUAUAUAUGUUUAUUUCCUAAAAGAAGAAAAGAUACCUUUCUGUUCAACUUGUAUCAACUCCUGUUUUCUAAUUGCUGUGAAAUGGCAACUGUUGAUAAAUUAUUGUGAUUGUUUUAAAAUCUAAUGGGAAGUAAAAUAUAUUUUGAUUUUACCCA